AUGCCUCAAGUAAAUCAGAGAAACUUUUUCACUAAAAGGACGAAGGAACUCAAACCUGCUGUCCAAAGUGCUCCUGGCUGGAAGUUGUUUGGAAAAGUCCCACCCAGGGAAAAUCUUCAGAAAGAUUCCAAAAUAAUUCAGCAGGAUGACAGUUCUGGCAGUCUUGCGUCAAUAUCUGCUCUCAGUCUAUUAAACACAGGGGAAUAUGAAGCGCGUACAGGAAGAAUGUAUAAACCUCCUCCCUCAUCAACAAGACGUAAAAAUAUUGAGUUUGAACCGCUUUCAACUACUGCUCUGAUUUUGGAGGAUCGACCAGCAAAUCUUCCUGCCAAAUCUGUGGAGGAGGCAUUACGUCACCGACAAGAAUAUGAUGAAAUGGUGGCAGAGGCCAAAAAACGAGAAAUUAAAGAAGCACAUAAAAGGAAAAAAAUAAUGAGAGAGCGUUUCAAGCAAGAAGAGAAUAUCGCUAGUGCUAUGGUGAUUUGGGUCAAUGAAAUACUACCUAACUGGGAAGGCAUGCGAGCUACCCGAAGAGUUCGAGAACUGUGGUGGCAGGGAUUACCUCCAAGCGUACGUGGGAAGGUUUGGAGUCUAGCUGUGGGAAACGAAUUGAAUAUCACUCCUGAACUGUAUGAAAUCUUCUUAUCUAGGGCUAAGGAACGAUGGAAAAGCUUCAGUGAGACUAGUUCAGAGAAUGACAUAGAAGAUGCGGGAGCAUCUGUUGCUGAUCGUGAGGCCAGCCUGGAGCUAAUUAAGUUGGACAUAUCACGCACAUUUCCAUCCCUGUAUAUUUUCCAGAAGGGUGGUCCCUAUCAUGAUCUCCUGCAUAGUGUUUUAGGAGCAUAUACAUGUUACAGACCAGAUGUGGGAUAUGUACAAGGGAUGUCCUUCAUUGCUGCUGUACUCAUCCUCAAUCUGGAAGAGGCAGAUGCUUUCAUUGCCUUUGCUAACCUUCUAAACAAGCCAUGCCAACUGGCCUUUUUCCGUGUGGAUCACAGCAUGAUGCUGAAAUACUUUGCAGCCUUUGAAGUAUUUUUUGAAGAAAAUCUUCCUAAAUUGUUUCUUCAUUUCAAAUCAUACAGUCUUACUCCAGACAUAUAUUUGAUAGACUGGAUUUUUACACUCUACAGCAAGUCACUACCACUUGAUCUGGCCUGUCGUGUCUGGGAUGUCUUCUGCAGAGAUGGGGAAGAAUUUUUGUUCAGGACGGGAUUAGGAAUCCUUCGAUUAUAUGAAGAUAUUCUCCUACAGAUGGACUUCAUUCAUAUAGCCCAGUUUCUAACAAAACUUCCAGAAGACAUUACAUCAGAAAAGCUUUUUAGCUGUAUUGCAGCUAUUCAGAUGCAGAAUAGUAACAAGAAAUGGGCACAGGUGUUUGCCUCACUAAUGAAGGACAACAAAGAAGGGGACAAGAACCAUAGCCCAGCACUGAAAAGCCAGUCGUCAUAAUGUAGAGGUCAAUUGAAAAUGUGGGAAACCACUUGAAAAAGGAGUUUUUGCAUCAAAUCUGUGUGGGAAGCCACUGUAGAAAAUGGUGCAAGAAAUGAGAGAGACAGUUUAGCUCUCAUUGAAGUAAUGAACUGAUGAAAUCUUCAGCCUUUUGCCAGUAUUAGCUCUUUGUGGAAAGAUUUGUUUUCACACAGCAUACUAAAACCUAUGAAACUGAGAAACGAGGAGUUCAUAUUUAAUAUUUUAAAAGAGUCAGCUCAAUGCAAUAAACAUUUGUAAUAACUUCUGUUGGUACUUUAAAAAUUUUUUGAGGCAUAACUUUUUACAAAUACCACAAAGGCACUUUUUGAGAGGGGUGAGGAAAAUGCUAAAUCUUAAGGCCCCAAAACUGCUAUCCAGACCAAAUGCUUUGGGUACAAAUAUUACCUCCAAAAUUAACUAUUUAAAAGUAUUGAGGACCAAAUAAGGUUGUUUGGUAUGCGUAUGCCAGGUGGGUAAGAUUUGGGAAGGGGUAUUGUUAUUUACUUGCUUUUCAGUUACAGCUUCAGUCUGGGCAAAUAUAAUUAACUCGAAGUGUGGAAGUAUUGUGUCCAAACCUGUUACAACAGAAAAUUUUUUUUUGAAAUUUAAAAAGCGAUAAGAUCAGGACUGUUCUCAGUGUGUACAGCUUUCAAAAUGAAUGGCGCUGAGCCUUUGUUUUGGUGUAUUAGUUGUGCAGCUUAUUAAAAAUGGUGUGGGUAUUCUGUGAAUGGGUUUUGCCACCAGAAGUUUUAUUUCAUUAAGCCAUUCCCAACUAAGAUACGCUUGUAUGUAAUGGUAAACACUAGAAAUUGAUAAAGCUAUCUACAGACUUUGUAUUGUCAAGGGAGCAUCCACCUUUAACACUUCAGAAUAGUGCAGUUUUUUUAAACUAUAUUUUAUUAGUGUGCAAUACUGAAAUGCAAAAAGCAUAUGGUUUAAUGAUACUUAAUUCUUUUAGCAACUUUUAACGGUGAGAAAAUAAUGUCAUACAGUACAUGUCACAGCAGAUGUUUUCAACAUUUCCUGUUCUCAAAGAUCCACCGUACAACUCUCGAUUGUGGAGGUUGGGAAUUUAAAAUGGAUAGCACUGCAGGUGAGGAGCACUUGCACUCUCUUGGUCCAUUUUUGCUAAUAUUUAAUGUAAAUAGGUUCCUUACAUGUGGGUUUUUGUAACUGGUCCCUCUGUGGAAAUCAAGUCAGAAUUAUCAUUGCAUAUUUUUAAGUGCAGGAGGUUUUCAGCUGUCUGGUGUUUAAAAGCAGAGUCUAUGUAACUUGGGGUAAAGAUUUAAUUAGUGUGGUGUAACUUACGUUGCUAUCUGGUUCAAAACUACAUAUAUAUUACUCAUAACAUUACAAUUUGAAACUUAAAUGUCAAAUUUUUCUUAACUUAUGUAUUCACUACUUUAAUUGGAUUCAAUUUGUCUUAUAUUUUUGUGUUAACUUGUACAGUUUUCUUACUUUUCAAGUAUAAAUCUCUGUAUAUAACUGUAAAUAGAAGGAUCAAGCCUUCCUUUAAGACCACUAGUAACAAUUCCUGUGUAAAUAAAACUUAUAGCAGAAAUAU